AUGGGCACUUCAGCGUCCAAGGCGUCGCCUUUAGCGCCGGCAUUCGAGCGUCUGGCAACAUGGGACCUCAAGGCCUCUCGAGGGUUGUUGCAGACAUACAAGGACAAGGAUAUGGACUUCGGUUUGGACUCACAGGGGCUUGCCGGUUUGGUGGGGGGUGACAGGGAGUGGGCUGAACGCAUUAUUGAUGCCUUCCAAAGCCGCACCGGAAUUAUCAAUGCUCUAGCAUUUAUAUGCGGGGCGUGUCUUGUAAGCUCUGGACCUGCGCUAGAAAAGGCUGGAAUUAUCUUCGACGCAUUGGAUUUCGAUGGUACGGAGCAAAUAUCGAUGGAUGAAAUGACGAUUUCGUUAUUGUGCUGCGCGCGGGGAUUCUGCGUGAUGGCUGGUGUGGGUACUAUUCCCUCAGAUGAAGAACUGGAGACAGUCACGUUGCAAGCAUAUCGUGAGUUGAACAAGGGAUCUUCACAAAGUAUCACCAAGUCUGAGUUCACAAAAUGGAUAUUGGAAUUUGCGAGCGGAACAGAACCACCCAUAACGCAAGAGGUAACACUUCAGAAUGCACUCGAGCAAUUCCAAGUAAUUGGACCUAUCGAUAGAGCUGAUGAAAAGGAGGGCAACAAUAUCUCUUCUCCUCCACAAAAUGUUGAAGAAAUCCGGGACACUCAGCUCCAUGAUGAUACUACCCCGGCAGACAAGCUACCCACAGUUAAUACGCUUCAACGAGACGUGUCACCCAAAAGUGAUGUUAAUCUCGCUGACCAAGAUCAUGUGUUUAUCGAUGAAAAUGCAAGAAAUCAUAGACCAAUUGAGCUCGUCGCGACUGACGCAUACGAACAAGCACCAAACGAUACUGAAGUGCUUCUUGAUGGAAACAAACUCACUUUUGACGGAACUGAGUUGCAAAACACUACACAGAUCGACAAAAACGAUGGAGGUGAAGGUAAUCCCUUAGAGUUUCAAAGUGAUGAGCAUGUAGACCAAGUGGAUAAACCAAAUAUUGACAUGUCCCCCGAAGAUGUGUUAGAUCAGCAGAAUAAGAGCGAUCCGCUCGAUGCUGAAAUUGAGACUACAGGUUAUGCUAGCAUGACCCCAGACACCGAGUACGACUACCCUACAUUUGGUGCAGACGAUCAGGAACAGACAAGUGAGUUACCAGUAGAAACACCGCACGAGGCAGAAGCAACUGAUGUGGAGACCCGGGAACACAAUGACAAUGAAUACAUUCAUGUUGAGGCGCAAAAUUCUGAACCAGUUGCUGUGGCGAUGAAUGAAGCACCACCUGAGUCGACAGUAGCUAGUGAACCCGAAAACGACGAAUUUCUUUACGAGCAAGACGAGUUUGCACAGAGCACGGAGCGUAUGGAUACUGAGACUGAUGCUGUCGGUGUAAGUUCACUAAAUGAACAUGCUGAAAACCCCCUACCAACAGUGUACACAGAGCAAGCUACUGAUUCGGGAGGCGCAACCGAACGGCCUGAAGCAGUGACUUUCGAGAGUGAAUCUGGUGGGAUCGAUGCUCAAGGUGUUGUCGAUAAUGAUUCUCAAGGAGCUGACUAUCCAGGUCAAGUAGACUCUACCGAUCCAACUGAAGAAACAUCUCAUACAGACCUCACCGCAUUUGACACGUACGACGUCCAGGAUCCGAGAUUUGACGGAAGUAGCGGCCUUCCGCCUCCUGAAUCUCAUGAAUUGCUGGACGAUAGAUAGUGCUGCUCCAGCAGUCAAUGCUGCAUCAGAAGAAGACGAGUCUUUCGAAAUAGCUACUCACGCCUCUGCUGAGUAAACCAUUCGAGUAUCUCCAUCAGGAUCAGCAAAACAACGUGAAGCUAGCAACUAGACAUGCAUGUACGAUCUGCUGCUAGGCAGUCCUUUAGGUUGUUGCAAAACCAGAGGUAAUAAGGGUGAGAGAGGAUCGUUUUAGACUUAAUGAGAGCUGCUUUGCACUAUUCGG